GUUUGCUUCGCAGUAGCCCCUAGUUCGGUGGGGUUUCCGCUUGGGAAUGGCCCGCAGAGCCUGGCAGGAGCUGCGGCCGGCGCUCAUCCGCGCGGCCGGUUCCCCUUUGGCCCUCGCGCGGCGCGAGGAGGCCGUGGUCCAGCGUUUGCUGGGCUUGGCCCAGGCACAGCCAGGAGCUGAUCCGGAGCGGUUGGCUCAAAGGGCCUCGCUCUUGGACCUGGCCGGGCGCCAUGCAGAGGCCCAGGCGCUCCUGCAGGGGCUGGGUGAACUUCCGGCAGGCCUACGCGCAGCGGUGUCCCUCUUGACGCACAUGGUGCGCUGCCAUGUACUCUGGGAAGAAGAUCGAAACGCUCGCUCGGAGGCUCGAGGCGGCAUGGUUCCGGUGGAGAUCCUCUCGCCCGAGGUGCCGCCCGCGGAGCUGCGAAGACGAUUCCUGGAGCCAGGCGUGCCCUGCGUGCUGCGGGGCUGCCCGGAGGUGGCUCCGCGCUGGGGGCCUUUGGAGCUGAAGAAGCUCUUGGGAGAUCAGCAGGUACCCACGAGGAGGUGUGAGGAGUCGUCCGGGAGCUGGGCGAGGCUGGAGUUUGUCCAGGCCCAGAAGUUCAAAGACUUCUGCGAGGCGCACAUUGAGCCCUUCAAAGAUGGCGCAGCUCCUAGAGAGAGCCCACAGCUCUUCGACUUCUCCAUUUGGCAGCACUGUGCCGACACCCUUGGCCGCCAGGUGUCCAUGCCGAGCCAAUGGUUUCCAGUGGACCUCUACACCUACGCCGGCGCGAGAAUACAACCGGUCAGCGGCUCGGCGGGGCCCACGCUCUUCCUGGCGCCCAAAGGCUCCGGCUCCUCUCUGCACGUGGACACCCUGCAGCCCUUCGGCGGAUUGGAGGAUUGUUCGCGAGGGGACACUUCUGGAGCUGCAGCCAGAGGGUGGAAAGCCGCAACCAACCCAGCGAAAGGCAGCGCCCAGAAACUCCGGGACUUGGGAGCCCAGAUGAAUGCCCUUCGGACACACUUCUGGAUGGCCAUGUGCCACGGGCGAAAGCGGUGGCGACUGGUGAGCAGAGAUGAUAUCUCAUUGCUGCACCCCAUGUACUUGGCCGAUCUGAACCCGGUCUUUCCCGCGGACUUGAAUGCCUUGGAGGAGACUUCGCCCGGGCGCGUGAAGGUGCACGAAGUGGUUUUGGAGCCUGGUGACCUGAUCUUCGUGCCAGCCGGGUGGCCGCACCAGGUGGACAACUUGGAGACCUCCGUGGCCGUGAGCGCCAACUUCAUCGAUCCCUCGAAUCUGCAGCGGGCUCUGGAUGAAGCUGAUCUGCUGGCUCUUGUGGAGGAGGAGGCUCAACUGCUGGGCGACGCCCUGCGCAAGGCCGAGGUGACGAGGCUCCUGGAAGAGGCAGCACCCAACGAGCCGUUGCGGGUCUUUAAGGCCCGUCAUGGGGAGACCCGCGCCCCCCAGGAGAUCCAAAGAAGACUCCUGCAGGCCGUGGGGAUCGCCGCGCUGAGCUUCGGUGGGCUCUGCCUGGCUGCCUGCUGGCCGCUCAUCGAACGGCCUGCGGAGAAAAAGCCGCCGGCGCGGCAGCCGUCACUUUCCGCGUUGCGAGUUUGA